AAAAACAUAGUAGCACGUUCUGUCUAAAACCAACCACAAAACCCUCUCCGAACCAUCAUAUCAAACCCAUCUUCUUCUACAAUUACCAAAAAUAAGAUCAACCCUUAAAUCGUCAUCACAAUUCACAAUCCCACCAUUCUCACUGACGCCAUGGCUACAUACUACAACAACAACAACAAUGACUCCUACUCCUACUCCUACUACUGGGACUACCUCUCCAGCUUCGCCAUGCCACUCUACCUCUUCUUCUUCAUCGCCAUCCUACUCUUCUUCCUGGCCUUCUCGUGCUACAUCCGCUACGAGUCUGCUCUCGAGGACCUGAUGAUCCUGGUGAAGCUGUUCCUCAUGCUCUCCCCGCUCCUUCUGCUGCUCCUCGUCCACUGCCUGUCCGCCGGUGCUAAUAACAAUGACGAUGGUAGGAGGUUCUCUCUGUACAUCCCGUUGCCGGAGAGGGACUCCCUCCACCGCGCCGGCGGGUCUCCCUGGGGUGUUGCGGUGGUGCUGGUGUUCCUUGUGUUUAUGGUCUCUUACCAGUCUGCCCUACAAGAACGAUGGUUCCCUUUGAUUGCCAGAUGAAUGAUCAUUGUCAUGAAGCUGCAGAAAUUCAUGAUGUUCAGUGUACUAUUUUGUGUUGUGUGUACUAUUUUUGUUAAUAGGGAGAGAAAGAGAGAGGAUGUGUAGUGUAUGUAUGAUUGUUACUUACUAGUUACGUAAUUAUAGAGGGCAAGGCUUAUUUUUUUUUUCUUCCUAGCACUAAUAUGGUAAAUAAGACUUCUCUAGUUAUGCAAAGUGUUAUUACAGUGUUCCAAAUUCAUGGAUGAGUGUUGGAGAAAGAAAUUGGAAAACUAUAUGUAUAAUCAGUUAAAUUGAAUAAUUUCUACUUUUCAGAAGUUAAAUUAUCAAUGUUUUUAGAAUGCAUGGAAUAGAUCGCCUGAUACUGU